AUGGAUUCUUCCCGGAUAAAGCAGAAAGAUAGGUUGAAAUGGAUAAUAUUUGGCACUCUUCAGGCAGAAUCUGUUCCUUCUCAAGAGGCUGAGGAGAGUGGUUGGACUGCUUACUUUGAAGAUUUCUCCAACAACAAUCGACAACAUAGUUAUUGCUCUAGUUUUGAUAGCUCUUCUUUGGUUUCUGAUGCUGCUUCUGGUGCUGCAUGGAAACAAUCCCACAACAAUCAUCUUGCAGGAUUUUCUUCAAUCGGAGCCUCCCCAGAGAUUCCUAAGAAGUUAAAGUUCAGGAAAACAAGGACCAAAGAAAUCUCUCAAGAUGAUUCUUUAGAGGAUACUGCCAGUUCUCCUGUUAAUAGCCCGAAGGUUGGAGAUAGGGAACCGACGGAUAAAAACACCCGGAAGACUGAUCAUCAUGAUCAUAUGUAUAGUUCUCUGGGGAGGGGAAGUGGAUCAGAAAUGCAUAAAGAAGAAAGAAGCAUGAAUUUGAAUGGGAAGAAUGAUUAUACAGACUUGAAGGGAAGGGGGCUGUGCUUGGUUCCUUUGUCAAUGUUAGUAAACUAUCUUAGUUAAUUUGCUCUCUUUCUCUUCCAUUAAGACAAACUUAAUUGUCAGACUUGUAGAAAGAAAGUUUUCUGGCAAUCUGUUCAUUAUUAAUGUGUA